GGACGGGGUGCAGCAGCAUUUAGGACAUUAUUCAUAUAAUAUCAGGCGAGGGCCUCCUCUGCUAUAAGAAGAGGCGUGACGCCAAGCGACGCGACGGCCCGAAAAUUCUAUGAUUCAAAUAGUUCGUUUGGUCGCCGGCGGCAAAUAACAAGCUGUGUGUACAUACCAGAUUUAUGCCAGCUGACUGUGCUACAAGCACAGAUGCGGGCGGGCCCCAGUCGCGCAGCUGCUGGCGCUUGCUGCCCGGCGGGCCGUGCGGCACAUGCGGUUGCCCUGCUGGUCGCGAUAAUCUCUGCAGAUGCUCAGAGCUUUAACUCAGCUGGGGCCAACUGCGCGGCUGUCCUCCAGCAGGGAAUUUACACGAUAAUGAGCUCGUCCACCUCGUCGUCCGCGGCUUACUCGAUGCUCAUGUAUUCCAUCUGCAAAGACUACGAGUCAUAUGAAUACUCGAGCUAUUCCUCGGAGCGGGCCGCGCUCGACAGCGCUAUUAAUGAGCACGCGGGCACCGACGCAUCCUACUUUGCCAGCUCCGCCUUUGCGGAGCAGGCGAGCUCGUACUGCAACUCGGACGCUCGCAGCUUUGAGGUGGCGGCGUCCUUCAAGGGCUUUGGAGUCCAGGUGGACGCCUCCACGUCAACGGGCAGCUCCUUGGCGCAGUGCGGCAGCCAAUCAGCAGCCAGCUCCUACACUGGCCGCAACGGCGGCCAGAACUCCUACUUUUACGGCUACAACUCAAAGCUGCAGGAGGCAAAGUUCGGCGAGGCCAAGGCCAACGUCAAACAGCUGCGGUCCACCGUGUGUGGCAGUGACUCUUCCGUCAACUCCAACAGCGACAGCGUGGGGUAUCUGCAGCAGGUCUUGGAGCCGGCCGUGGUCGGGGCCUACACCGGCUGCCUGGAGCUGUUCAAGGCGGGCUUGCAGGUGAAGCAGAACACGGGCAUUGGCUCCCACAGCUUCUCAGUGGACCUCCGGUUCACCCCUGGGCUGCCCGGCGCCACCGCCUUCCUCGAGGGCGUGGCCGUGUCGCCGUACGGCACCGCCGUGUGCCGCAUGCUGGGCUGCCGCAACAGCACCCGCACCAGCACCAGCAGCAGCACCAUGACACGCAGCGCUGCGGUGGUGGUGGUGGCUCCGGCGGCGGACGGCAACGUGGUGCCGGCGGCGGGAGCCCUUGCCACUCUUGCCGCCGUGGAGGAGGUGGAGGAGGAUGAGGGCGGCAGCAGUGGCAGCGGCUUUGAUGGCUCAACUGCUACUGCCGGCGGCGGCGGCGGCGGUCGUCGCCGCCAGCAGCAGAGGUCCCUGCUGGCCACCGCCUCCCCACCUGCACGCCAGCAGCGCUCCCCGCCUCCGCCGCCUCCGCCCGCCGGCGCGGCUGUGGCCUCGCCUCCUCCUGCUGCCACCCCCGCCGAGUGCCCCGCCGCGGAGGUGAGCAUGAACCUGGAGCUGGAGCCCAACGCCGUGUACUCGCUGCUGUGCGAGUUGGCUCCGGGCGCCCCCGCGGAUGGCGGCGUCACGGAUGUGUACCUCUCCACCUCUGUGGGCGGUACCUACAAGGGCGUCCUGUUCAGGAACGGCAACCAGACGCGGCUGGCAAUAGACCAGGCGGCAGCGGAUGCGGCGGCGGCGGCGGCGGCGGCCGCCGCACAGGAGCACGCGGUCCUGCGGGCCCAGCUGCAGAUGCAGACGGCGCUGCUGAACAACUUGAUGUCGGGGGUGGCGGCGGUGCAGAGCGUCACCAGCCUCACGCUGUCCACAUUGCAGGCAGCUGCCGUGACGCAGGCCGCGCUGCUGAGGAACCUGACAGCAGCCCAGCAGCUGCAGGAGCAGCAGCCUGCCCCCCCAGCAGCCGCCACCCCGCAGCAGCAGGGAGGCCCUCGCGUGCAGGUGGCGUGCGGGGGCUAUCACACGUGCGUGGCGGUGGCGGGCGCUCUGAAGUGCUGGGGCAGGAACGACUACGGCCAACUGGGCCAGGGCCUCUCACUCUCAGCAACAGGUGGCCAGCAGCAACAACAGCUCAUCAGUGCCAACGUGCCGCCAGUAGCGCUGCCCAAUGGCAACGUCGUAGCUGCUGCCAGCGGUGGUGACCAUACAUGCGUGUUGCUUGGUGGCUCGGGGGCCAUCAGCUGCUGGGGGAGUAAUGCCUACGGCCAGCUGGGCUUCGGUGACAAGACCGACCGCCCCAGCCCUCCAGUUUCUUUGGCUGAGGGGCAGCUGACGCUGUCAGUUGUCGACCUGGGCCCAGAGGCGCGUGCGGUGCAGCUGGCGGUUGGUGGUUUCCAUGUUUGCGCACUGCUUUCGGACAGCCGCAUCAAGUGCUGGGGCCAUAAUGAUUACGGUGGCCUGGGUCUGGGUGACGUCAGUCGCCGAGGCGACCAGGCGGGAGAGAUGGGGGCCAACCUGCCGGCAGUUGACCUGGGUCUAAGUUCACUUCCCGGGGUAGGAGUGGCGAGUAUUACCGCGGGCUGCUACCAUAGCUGUGCGCUGCUGACAAACGGCCGCGUAAAGUGCUGGGGGAAUAAUGUUUAUGGGCAAUUGCUGGGCCUGGGCAGCGGGAACAACCGUGGGGACCAGGCUGGGGAGAUGGGCACAGGCUUGCCCUUUGUCAACCUGGGAACUGGGGUGGUGGCAACCUCCGUUACAGCCGGAUGCCAACAUACUUGCGCACUGUUGGCCAAUGGCACCGUCAAGUGCUGGGGAUUUAACUUCUACGGCCAGCUGGGCCUGGGUCAUAAUACGACGAAGCAGGGAAACACGCCGGCGGACAUGGAUGCCGCAUUGCCGGCAGUAGACUUGGGGCCCGGUGAGCUUGCGACGGCAGUUGUGGCUGGGGGGUUUCACACGUGUGCCCUGCUUGCGAACUCGAGCGCUGUGAAGUGCUGGGGACGGAAUGAUUAUGGGCAGCUGGGGUACGGCGACAAGAAGAACAGAGGUGAGCGAGCAGGCCAGAUGGGGGCCGCCUUGCCGGUGGUAAGCUUGGGCCCUGCGGGCACACAGGUGCAGGAUCUGUCUGCAGGAUUACUUCACACCUGCGCAUUGCUGGCAGGCUCGAAUGCUGUCAAGUGCUGGGGUGCAAACGACUCCGGUCAGCUUGGCUUGGGUGACACGGACAAUCGGGGUGACAGUGUCAACGAGAUGGGAGUAAACCUGCAGGUUGCAAACUACGGCUGAACAUGCACGCCAUGUGUACUCGUAGUUGUUAGCGAUGGCAGUGGGAUGCGUGCGACUUGCUGGUGCGGUGUGAGCGACAGCACGGCGACAGUAGGUCAUCAUGCAUUGGUUGUGUUGGUUGACCUGGACCUUUCUGUGAUGUUGGUGUGGCAUGAGAACCUGACGGUUAGCUUUCGGACUUCGUGGUUUGUGCGGAGUAAUGUACCGUACUACGGUAACUGCUGAAAUGUGCCGUAUCUGCUAGGGAUGUAGUUAUGCCAGUGGUGUCGUACCCGCCCGCUUCGGUGUGCCGCCCAUUCAAAGGAAAGCGGUUAUGGAUGGGCCAGGGGUCACG